AUGCCCGCUCGCACCGACUUCAAAGCGGGCCAUCUUCUCCCUUUCGUCUCGGUUGACAUACGGUUAGGUAAGGUAUUUCAGCGCGGCUCAAAAGUCCCACGUUCGAGCGAACAUGCUCCCGAGUUCAUCGACAUCUCUCCCGAUUUGACCAGAAAGGCCGGGCAUGAUUCAGGCCAGGCGCCUACCGUCUUCGCAAUCACACAUGACGGGCGGACCCUGACGGACGCUGGAAACCCCUCCCCCUCCCUUCCUCCCUCCUCCCUCCCUCCCGUGGGACCGAGAGACAAGUAUCCAGUCAAGGGGCAGCUCUGCGUGCGCGGGCGCGGGCGCGCCGAGGCACGUCCGAUUGAGACCGGGGAGACGGUGAGACGGCGAGACCGAGGAGACGUUGGAAGUGGUUCGUAUUAUAAUAAGGUCGGGUACAGGCUUUUGCUGAUCCAGCAAUGCGUAAAGUAUAGCGGAAGCGAAAGGCUUUUUGAUGCAGAGCGCACCGGAAACACGAAUCCCGAGGGCCAGAUUGGAUUAAUGCACGGGAAGCAGGGCAUAUGCGGCGAACAGCAGGGUCAAGAACGACACCGCAAGCCUCGGCGGUAUCAUUAG